AAAUGGACGAAGAAAAAAAAAUUGCACAACGUCUGAAAGAGCAGGGAAACGAAGCUUUUAAGAAGAAAAAGUAUCAUAAGGCUAUGACAAUCUAUUCGAAAAGUCUUGAACAUUGGCCUGAUCCAAUUGUAUUCAGUAAUCGAGCUCAAGCUGGGCUCAACGCAGAUCUUCCUCUACUUGCCCAAAUCGAUUGUACUGCUGCACUAAAUUUGGAUUCAACUGCAGCAAAAGCUUACUACAGAAGAGCUCAAGCCUUCAAAGCACUGGAAUUGUAUGAAUUGGCUGAAAGAGAUAUGAAAACUUGUUUCAAAUAUUCGAAUGAUCCAAAUAUGGAGAGACAAGCAAAUGAUCUGAAAGGAAAGAAAAAUGUGCAAGUUAUUGAUCUUCCGUCAAUCGAAAGAGACGAAUAUCUACAAUCAGAUGAAAAAUUCACAAAAAUCGACUUUACGUACAAUAUUGAGAAGAUCGAGGAGAUCAUUGUCGCUGAAGAACCAGAGAAUGAUAAUAUUGUUCCAAAGUAUAUAACAAAGCUUCCACCACACCCAAAGGACUAUCAAGAUUUUGUUGGAGCUGUGAAUAUGUUGAAAAGAGCCCAAAGUUUGCUUCCUCUUGCAGAAUAUUUCUUAAAUAUCAGCAUGGAUAAAUAUUCAGAAUUAUUCGAUGAACUCCUAGACGAUGUAUAUGCUGUUCAAAUCUUCAAGGCACUCAACUUUCAUCUGAAAACUGGUCGCACGAUUCCCCAUCUCGCCGCACGAAUGAUGAUCAUCAGUGAACUCAGUCGUUUUGAUCUUUUAAUCGCAUUUAUGUCCGAAGAGCAGAAAUCAACUAUUACUGAAAUCUUGGAUUAUAUGGUUCCAGAAGAAGCAGCAAUGGUGUCAUCAAGAUAUUCUUUCUGAUAUUGAACUUUCUUCAUUUCGAAUCUCAACUUGUUGUUACAUUCAUAUUGUUGUUUUUGUGAGUAAAAAUUAUAAAUAUCGU